AUGCCACUUCUCGGGGCUGCUUACCGGAAUGUUAUCGCCAUAUUAUCAUCACUCAAUGAAAUAACGGUGUUCGUCGAAAGCGAAAAGACUCCUCUGGCGACAUUGGAGAUUGAGCUCGAGCCGUCAGUGAUUGGGCUUGGUCCAAAGCAUGUUGCUAUCGCGAUGAACAAUCGCGCUUGGUUCUAUGAAAUCACUGAAAAAACAGGGGCUAAAAUGGUGUCUGAAGUCGAAUAUAUGUCGACAGUAUGCGCAUUGCAUUUGAACUUGGAGUAUGCAGUCGCGAAGUUAGAUGGCCGGGCACAACUGCGCAAGGUAACAUUUCUGUGGGCUUCUAUAAGGUUACUUCCGGCGAGAUCAGCCAUAUGCUCUUCCGAUAUAAUUGGUCCUUUCUGA